CAGCCGCUUUCGGGCGUUUCCGGUUCCGCCACCGCUCGUUGUUGACGGUGUGUCGGUGUCCUAGUCCAUAUAUCAGCACGAUGUCGGGUGGCCUCCUGAAGGCGCUGCGCAGCGACUCCUAUGUGGAACUGAGCCAGUACCGGGACCAGCACUUCUGGCCUCUCCCUCUUCCCAGGCCAGUGCAGAGGGAAUCGAGCGGCAGUAGUGAUGGCGGCCGUUUUCAUGGGCUGCGCCUCGGCAAGGGUGACAUUGACGAACAGGAAAAAUUACUGAAGAAAAGCUGUACAUUGUAUGUUGGAAAUCUUUCCUUUUACACAACUGAAGAACAAAUCUAUGAACUCUUCAGCAAAAGUGGUGACAUAAAGAAAAUCAUUAUGGGCCUGGAUAAAAUGAAGAAGACAGCAUGUGGUUUCUGCUUUGUGGAAUACUAUUUAAGAGCAGAUGCAGAAAAUGCCAUGCGGUACAUAAAUGGAACUCGUCUGGAUGACCGGAUCAUUCGCACAGACUGGGAUGCAGGCUUUAAGGAGGGCAGGCAAUACGGCCGUGGACGGUCUGGGGGCCAGGUACGAGAUGAGUAUCGGCAGGACUACGAUGCUGGGAGAGGGGGCUAUGGAAAACUGGCCCAAAAAACCAACGAGCGGUGAGAGCCCCAUCAUGAAAAACACACGCCUUUGGCCUGUUGAAUUUGACAUACGUUACCCAAGGUCUGCAAAUCUGCCCAUUUUUACCAAGCUUUGAUCAAUGUCUCUGUUGAACUGGAAGCCUCUUCAUGGUUUCCCUCUGAAAAUUAUUAAAGGACAGGAUCUAAAAGCAUGCCUUUAAUUCUAUAGUCUUAGCAAUGUAUCACGUUACCGGAAUGAUUUUCUUACCAGAUCAAGAACUGUGUUCCUUGGCAACAGAUUUAAUAUAUAAUAUUGAUCUAUCAGCCAAAAACACCAUACUUCUUUUAGGAAGACAGGGGGUAGGGGUGGGGGUGGGAUUUGAUUACUAUGUCUGCAUCUAAGUAGGUUCAUGAUCUACACUGGAGCCUAGAAUUAUUUUUAAAAUGUAAAUUUUCAUGAGAUAAAGUUGAAUAAAAUAAGUUUUGCUAUGUUGUAUAGUUUUGUUCUAAGUUAGGAACAGAUGUUUCACAACUGAAUUUGUGUCUGUGUUGGAUUCUAAUCUCUAAAGGCAAACUUAGGAGUUGAGAACUUGCAAAAUAGUUGGUGCAAAAGUAAGCCGUAGACAGUCCCAGAGGACACCAUCUGCUUACAUGCUAAAUAUAUUAGGAAAUUAGUUACAGGGCUUAAAUUUGAAGGGUAUUUAUUUAACACAUUUUUUAAAAGAUGUGUUUUUCCUAAAGCUAAAAAAAGCAAGGGUUUAUAUUACAGAGAACCUCAAAUACUCUAUGGGAAGUGGGGACAUUGUCAGUAGGAAAUGGGAUGAAAUAUCAAGGGACGUUGUCCUGACAUGACAAAGGUUGCUGUGAGGGCCAGGAGAUUUAUUCUUUUCAUUUCCAGAGUGAUCUUGAGAAUGGAGUGGGUUUAAAAAGAGCUUGAAGAUCAAGAGACUAACAAAAACAAUCAGAAAUGCUUCCCUUAGGAAAUGGGUUUUGGCCAGUUCUCAUGUUGGAAGUCUGUCUUGUUUUUUUUCCCCUAAUUACUGAGUUUCAGAGCCUUGAUAGUGAGCUAAUGGUCUUUAUGGAGUCUAUUUAUUUUGCAUUUGUAAAGAAAGAGGUGAUUUCUCUCUAAUAUUAUAUGUGAACUAUUGCUCAUUUAAAACUGCUAAUGUAGUAUAAUUUUCCCUGACAUAAGUGAAAUUUUUUCAUCUAGCAACAGAGUAUCUCUAAACUUCCCAUAGGGAGCUGAAAUAUCUCAAAUGUGACACUAGUUAAGUAUAGCUUUUCUCAUUAAAUUGAAACUGGUUAUUUGAAUUUUUAAGAGUUAUAAUUACUUUUAAGUGCUUAGGAAAAAAUACUUGCAAAUAUUUAAUUUCAUGAGGACAUAACUAUUCAUUUUUUAAAUUUCUUUUUACACUAGUUUGAAUUAAUGUAUUUUAUAUUUUUUGUAGUAAAACAUCACUCAGAUUUCUACAGGCCUGAAAACCACAGGUUGUCUGAAUUGUGUCUUUUGUAACAGAUUUCAAUAAAGCUAGACCAACUUGUCA